AUGCAGGCCCUCGUGGAAGAAGAGAAACUUGAUUCAUUCAACAUUCCUCAGUACACAUCGUCCCCAUCAGAAGUAAAAUCUGAGGUCGAAAUGGAAGGAUAUUUUGGAAUCGACCGCCUUGAGGUUUUUGAAAUCAACUGGAAUGCCUACAACGAUAAAUCAUCGGACUUCUAUAAGGACGGUGCAUACAAUGUUGCAAAGUGCAUGAGAGCUGUGGCUGAACCCUUGCUUCUCAGUCACUUUAGUGCAGCGAUAAUUGAUGAGGUGUUCAGCAGGUACAGGAAGAUUGUGGCUAAUAUAAUGUCCAAAGAGAGAACUGAGUUCAUCAAUGUCACUGUUGCAAUGACUAAAAAGGGGUGGAAAGAGGCAUAUAAGGAAGCUAAUGGGACGCUUGAUAAGGAGGCGAAUGAAGAGCCUAAUAAGGAGACUGAAGCGUCUGAUAAGAAGACUGAAAGGCGUCUGAGUAAGCCACUUUGGAACACCAAAUGCUAAUCAGAUGGACAGACUCAGAACGAUAAUCAGAGAGAAUCUCUGGAAACUCAUUCGAUGGUUCUGAGAAAAUCCUUUGUUGCUUCAAACUAAGGAAGAAGAUGAAUACCCAUUG